UAGCUGGCUAACAAGAUGGAAAAUAUAAUACAACUUUUUUCCAAACUUCGACUUGCUCUAGAGAAAGGUUUUGACCCAAAUUUUGUGUUAAAGCCCAAACAAAUCAUUUGCUUUGAACAACUAAUUAAUGGAAACGAUACUCUUGCGGUUUUGCCUACUGGAUAUGGGAAAUCCAUUUUGUACCAGUUACUUCCUUUUGUAAUGCCUUUACAGAAGAAAAGAAACAUAGUGAUUGUUGUUAGCCCUCUCAACGCUAUCAUUGAGGAUCAACAAAAAAUUUUGAGCCAAAGAGGUGUAGAAGUUGCUACACUUACUUAUGAAAGGGAAGAAUGUACAGAAGAUCUUUUUGCACAUUUGAAUACGGAAGAUCCUGUCGAACCAAAUUUCAAAGUUUCACAUGAAAUAAAAAAUGGAGAUAUUGAUUUUUUAUUUGGACAUCCAGAAGCAUUUUUGUCACACACAGGAAGAAAUUUACUAAAAUCAAAAAUUUAUCAGGAUAAUGUUGUUGCAUGUGUAGUAGACGAGGCACAUUGUGUGGAAUUGUGGGGACUGGAAUUUAGAAAAAGCUUUCAAGAUUUGGUUGUCUUAAACACCAUCUUUCAAGAUCGCCCUAUGCUUGCAUUAACCGCAACUGCGGGAGAUAAAAUGAUUUUCAAAAUUAUAAAAGACUUAUCUCUACAGAACUGCAAAAUUGUAAAAGCCUCACCAAAUCGUAGAAAUGUGUUUCUAAGUGUGAAAAAACGACUUCCAAACAACUAUGGUGUAAAAAGUUAUGAACAAAUUCUAUUACCAAUAGCAACAAAAUUAAACGAAACAAGACAAGAUUACCCUAUCACAAUUAUAUAUAUGGGUUUAAAAUAUUGUGGAUAUGCAUAUAAACUUUUUGACAUGGUUAUUGAAAAUCCCUUCUGUGAAAACGAGAUAACUCCAAGAGCUAAAUUGUAUGCUCAAUUUCAUGCAUCAACCACUUCGUGUAUGAAAGAAGAUAUUUUGGAAGAAUUGAAAUCCUUAAACUCUCGAAUAAGGGUAGUAUUUGCAACCACUGCUUUUGGUAUGGGUGUUAAUGUACCUCAGGUUACUAACAUUAUUCAUAUUUCUCCCCCAUCAAAACUGGAAAGUUACAUACAAGAAAUUGGACGUGCAGGGAGAAAUGGUGCACAAUCAAAUGCCAUAUUGUACUACAACAACUCUGACAUCAGUAAAAAUAAUUUAAAAAUGGAUGAAUCAAUUAAAAAAUAUUGUCAAGAGACUGAUUGUCUCAGAAAAUCAUUGCUCAAAUACUUCAGUUUUAAAUGCGAAACACAAGACAAUUGUUGUGAAAACUGUAAUCCUACGACAACUGAAGAUUUUUCUCCUGUUCAUCAUAUACAAAUGUCAGAUAUUGAUAGAGAAUCAAUACGUUUAGAGCUAGAAAUGAUUAAUGUUGAAAAGGAAGAAGACUCUCAUUUAUUAACAUUUGAGUUUAAUUUGACACAUGAUGUUAUUGGAAAAAUUUCCAACAAUUUUCAUUUAAUAACUUGUGAACGUGAUUUAUUGCAUAAAUUUGAUGUUUGGGAUGAAAGGUAUUUGACAAAAAUUUUUGAUGUCAUCAGAAAAUAUUUGAAUCUAUAAGUAUAUAAAUAAUAU